AUGGUAUCAAUCACUGAUGAUGUCGACAACGAUGCCGCCGAAACGUUUGAGAAUGUACCAAGUCUACUGUCUGAUGCUGGGCAUCAUGACAACCACUAUGGCAGACGACUUCGGACUAGCCUAGUACAGAGACUGAAUGUUGAGCUUACUUCCAUUUCGAGUGAACGUGUUGGAGGUGAAGAGAUUCGAAGGUCGGUUCCACCAGAAGACAAGGGCCGAUUCCUCUUGACCAGCUUCGUUCGGCUUUACUGGAAGAUUCUUGCUGACACUGUUUUCGAGGCAAUCUUCUUCGAUUCCGGUGAAAAGGUGCUAAGCUUUUGUCCGUCACUUUGA